CAAGGAGACUGAGCUAAGGCAACAAUGCAUGGACCAACGAAGCUUGAAAUUUGAAUGGUCACAUGGAUGGCGUUCAUUACAAAAGCCAGAAUAGAGAAAUAUCGGUUGCCCUGCUCAGUUGCCUUAUUAUAAGUAACUGCCCCUUGCACAAGGCUUUUCCCACCAUCUCCUUACUCAAAUCAAGCCCUUCUUCUUGCUUCCUCUCAGUCUCGCUGCGAUGAAACUGUAUGUGAAAGAGACAAGCAUGGUUCAGCCAGCAGAAUGCAGGCCGCGGCAUAGCCUAUGGCUGUCGAACUUGGACCUUCUGCAGCUGAAAAACCAUGUCAUAACAAUCUACGCAUACAAUAAGCCAUCAGCAGAUCAGGGCGGUUCUGCUUCUUCCUCCGAAUUGUUCUUCGACACGAAAGUGCUGAAGGACUCUCUGAGCAAGGCCCUGGUAACAUUCUAUCCCAUGGCAGGGAGACUUGGGAGAGAUGGUAACGGGAGGCUCGAAUUGGAUUGCAGUGGAGAAGGAGCCCUCUUUUAUGAGGCAGAAUCGGAGACUACCCUUGCUGAGCUUGGAGAGUUCCUACCCGUACCAGAAGGUGGAGAGUUCUCGCCAGGACCAGUGGUUCAACUCACGGAGCUGGCUCCUAGAGUCGAUUACUCCAAAGGGGUUUCUUCUUACCCACUGCUGAUUCUCCAGGUAACAAGGUUCAAGUGCGGUGGAGUAUGUCUCGGAAUCGGAAUCCACCAUUCUCUCGCCGAUGGGGAAUCAUCACUGAGCUUCAUCAACACUUGGUCGGACAUGGCUCGGGGUUUACCCGUUGCAGCCACGCCGUUUUUCGACCACACCAUCCUCAGAGCUCGACAACCAGCAGCACCUAAGUUUCACCAUACCGAGUAUGAUCCUCACCCUACCAUGAUCACUAACAACAAACAGCAAAACCCUCCGAAGCCAGCUACCAUCGACAUAAUAACCAUAACACCAGAGCAGCUCCAAAACUUGAAGGACAAGGCCAAGUUCAGAUGCAGCACCUAUGAGAUCUUCACAGCACACGUAUGGCGCUGCUUGAGCAAAGCACGCGGCUUGGCUGAUGAACAGCCGACCAAAUUGCAGAUAUCAGUUGAUGGCAGGUCAAGGCUGAACCCUCCGCCGCCUCCAGGGUACUUUGGCAAUGUGAUCUUCCACACCACACCAGUUGCUCCAGUGGGAGAGCUUGUCUCCGAGCCAAUGGCACAAACCGUAGAGAGGAUUCGUCAGGCGAUAAGAAGGAUGGAUAACGAGUAUCUAACGUCGGCUAUAGAUUACCUGGAAGAUCCCAGCAGUCCGGAAGGUAUCAUACAACUGCCGGGCUACUGUCGAUCGCCUAACCUAAAGCUGGUCAACUGGAUGUGGCUUCCAUUCAAAGGUGCUGAUUUCGGGUGGGGCAGUUCCAUUCUAUAUCGUAAAACAGAUCUCAGCGAAGGAAUGGGGCUCAUCUUGCCCAGAAAUCCUGACGGAAGUCUGUCCUUGGUGAUUUGCUUGGAAGCUGAUGUGAUGGAGCCUUUCAAGAAGCUGCAAUACGAGUCUGGUCCUUGAUGUGAAUUGGCAGAACAUACCUGAAAAUGCAAGGGGGAUAUGAUGAUCAAGAGCAUAAAUAUCGUAGCUAACCUACCUUCAUGCUUUUAAACAAGUUCUUGUAAUAAUAAUAAUGGCAGUGAUGAACAAGAGCAGCUGCCUCACUUUCCACCUAAGUUCCAAAUCAGUAAUGCAAGUUUCCCACAAAAUGUAAACCAAUUACAAUUGCAUUUAUAAGCCCUCAGAUUCUCC